CCAGUCGCCUACGGCGUCAUCACCGUUUUCGACCAUGAGGCGGCGGUCGUCCGCAGGGGAUGCGGGGGCGCUUCCGGGCUUCGCGACAUACCCGCGGCGCGCAUCUCGAGUUGUAGCUCACUUGCUCGCCCACAAGAUGGCAGACACGGCAAUCGCUCAGCCGGGCUGGCCAAACAACAAGGAUGAAUACGAAUUAGGUCCCGUUAUAGGUGUUGGUGCAACAGCAGCUGUGCAUGAAGCACUCUGCAUACCCCGGCAAGAGAAAUGUGCAAUAAAAAGGAUCAACUUGGAGAAAUGGAAUACGAGUAUGGAUGAGCUGUUGAAAGAAAUUCAGGCCAUGUCAUCAUGCCACCAUGACAAUGUAGUGUCAUAUUUUACUAGUUUUGUUGUUAAAGAAGAGCUUUGGCUAGUACUCAAGCUUCUAAGUGGGGGCUCGCUGCUGGAUGUCAUCAAGCAUCGCAUGAAGACGCAAGACUGCAAGCAUGGCGUCCUUAGCGAGGCCACUAUAGCCACUGUCAUGAAGGAGGUGCUGAAGGGCCUGGAGUACUUCCACAGCAAUGGCCAAAUACACAGGGACAUCAAGGCGGGCAACAUCCUGAUCGGCGAGGACGGCAGCAUCCAGAUCGCCGACUUCGGCGUCAGCUCGUGGCUGGCGACGGGCGGCGACCUCAGCCGAGAGAAGGCGCGCCACACCUUCGUUGGCACCCCGUGCUGGAUGGCGCCCGAGGUCAUGGAACAGGUGACGGGCUACGACUUCAAGGCGGAUAUCUGGUCGUUUGGGAUCACGGUGAUAGAGCUGGCCACGGGCACGGCCCCGUACCACAAGUAUCCGCCCAUGAAAGUACUCAUGCUCACGCUGCAGAACGACCCGCCCGGCAUCGACUCGGCCGCCGAAGACAAGGAUCAGUACAAGUCAUACGGCAAGACCAUCCGCAAGCUGGUCAACGACUGCCUGCAGAAGGACCCAGCCAGGCGACCCACCGCCUCGGAGCUCCUGAAGCACCCCUUCUUCAAGAAGGCCAAGGACAAAAAGUUCAUCCAGCAGAUGUUCACUCAGUCGGGACCGAAGCCGACCGACCGUUCCGCCAAGGUGCGCACGCCCGGCUCCUCGGGCCGCUUCCACAAGACCGAAGAGGGCAACUGGGUCUGGUCGUCGGGCGAGUCCAGCGAGUCGGACGACGAGCUACCGGCGAGCGGCGGUAACCGGUCGGCCGAGCCUGCCACCGACCCCCAGUCGGGCCCGGCCGGCGCACCUGCCACGCCGGCGCCCGCCUCCGCCGCCGCUGCCGCCCCCGCCGCUGUCCCCGCCGCCCCUGCCACUGCGCGCAACUGCAUCGACCUGGUGCUGCGCAUGAGGAGCCAGCAGCGCGAGCUGAACGACAUCCGGUUCGAGUACGAGUACGGCCUAGACACGGCCGACAGCGUGGCGCAGGAGCUGGUGGCCGCCGGCCUGGUGGACGGCCGCGACCGUAUCGUCAUCGCCGCCAAGCUGCAGGCGAUCGUCGACGACCCGCAGCGCGUCACCACGCUGACCUUUCCACUGACGGCAGGCUUCUGCGAGCCGCACGAGCGGGAUGAGACGGCGCUGAUGGGCUACGGCCAGCUGACCAUCGACACGCCGGCCGGGCCGCGCCAAUGAGAGCCGUCUGCCGAGCUCGCCCCGAAGCUGAACUCGCUGCGCGCCGAUAGAUGGCGCGAGCUCAGCGGGCGGGCAUUAGUCAUGUAACUAUGCCAUAUGGCCAGG